UGUUAUGGCAACAAAUAUUUCUAACUGUCAUUAAUAAAUAUCUAUGAAUAUUUUUUUCGUAUUUCGUAAGAGCUCGAGUAUUGAUAAAUAAAUUAGAUUUCCACUCUCAAAAAUCGAAACAAACCCUAAAUAAAGAUGCCCGUACCAGGCGGAGUAUAUCAGAGUCAAGGACCAUCUUGUUUCGACAAAAUGAAAAUGGGGUUCAUGAUUGGUUUUUGUGUAGGAAUGGCGAGCGGCGGCCUUUUCGGUGGUUUCACAGCUUUGAGAUAUGGAGCGAGAGGACGGGAAUUAGUACAUUCCGUUGGAAAAGUAAUGCUUCAAGGUGGCGGAACUUUCGGGACCUUUAUGGCCAUCGGUACUGGAAUUCGUUGUUAAUACUAUAGUUCUUCUUAUAUUUUGUACAUACGGUAAUUUAAACUUAUAGUGCGUAGUGCACUCGACUUUGCUUUUAUUAGUGUUUUAAUAUAAUUGAUUCAUUAACAAAUUUGUUUAAUAAAUAUUGUUAUUGAAAUAA